CCGUAGCCGCGUGAAGAGAUGAACAGACAUGGAGGUGGAUUAUAAAGACAUUUGUUGUUAUCGUUGUUGUUGUUUAUCCAAACCCGGCGCCCUGACAGACUGACCAUGCCGUCGCUGUGGAAACGGUUGACCUUUUCCUUUGCCACUCUGCUCUGCGUGCUCUCUGUCACUCUGCUGCUGGUGGCCCUGGCGACCGAGCGCUGGGUCAGCGGGAGGAUCCUGUGUGGUACCGGGGCAGAGCUGGUCAGCGCCAACUGUUCUGAACUGGACAAGUUUACCGGACACAUCUACUACGGGCUGUUCCAGGGUCAGAAGACUAGGAGGUGUGGACUGGGAAACCGCAGCUCCAAGAUAUACAGUUCCCUACCAGAGCAUUAAAGGCCCAAAUGGACUCUACAUCUGGAACACCAUAGCAGG